AUGGUUAGAAUUUAUUUACGUCCUGAUCAACUCGAAAUUCAAAAAACUACAAGAGAAGAAACAGAUAUAACGGAAGAAGGACUCAUUUUGUUUGAUUUACAAGGUGAUAUUAAAACUAUUGAUCCGAAAGUUUCAAAAAUUGGAUCAUUGACAUUUGAGAAUGGUAUCCCGAUUCUUCAAGUUGGUCAAUGGUACAUUACAGGAAAAGUUACGGAACUAGAAAAACCUAUAAUGGUUAUUAAAAAACGUGAAACCACUCACCCGACUGAUUCUCCUGGAAGGAGAGUAGAAUCAUUAAUUGCAGAAAGGCUAGAAGAUCUGAAUAUUAUGGAUUCUCACGAAAAUAUUGAUUAUGAUAUAGUUCAAAUAUUUAAAAAAGCCUAUACGCUUCAAGAUAAAAACAUGUUUAUAUUCGUGGUAGCUGAAGGAGUGGAAAAAGUCCAAAUUGAAUGUGACCUUACAGAUAACAUUCAAGACCUAAGAACUCUGAUCGCAAAGGAGUUUAAAAAUAAACGGUAUCCUCCUGAAACGCAGAGGCUUUUUUUUGGUGGUAAACAAUUAGAAGACGGGUUUACUCUCUUUCAUUACAAUAUAAGGCACCAAAGUACUGUCCAACUGUUUAAAAAAGUUGUUAUUACUGAAGAAAUUCUCGAACCAAAUCUUCCUGCAACGUCAUUACAAGAAGCAUCUUCAAGUUCCAAUAAUGAAGAUAACGAAGUACAUGUCGAACCGACUUUAGUAAUACAGCCUGCUGAAUAUGAGGAAGAAUAUGUUUGUAACGAAUGUAAUAACAAUGCGCGGAAGAAAUGUAAAGAAUGUGGUUGUAAUGUUUGCGGCCAAAAAGAUGACGAAGAACACACGGUUGUAUGUGAUGAAUGCCAAUACUAUUUUCAUUUUAAGUGUUUAAAACCUCCUCUAAUAACUCUUCCCGAGGACGAUUGGUAUUGUCCAGAAUGCAAACAUAAUGAUAAUGAUGUCAUUCUAGCUGGGCAAGGGCUUGACUUAAAAAAAUCAAAAAAGUCAAAAAUGCCAUCUGCGACUCAAACUAAAAAAUGGGGCGGCGGAGUUGCUUGCAUGGGUCGUAGUAAAAUAUGUGAGAUAGUUGAUCCCGAACACUUCGGUGCCAUCCCUGGUAUUCCUGUUGGAUACUCGUGGAAAUACCGCCUCCAUUGUUCAGAGUCAGGUGUUCAUCGUCCUCUUGUUUCUGGAAUUGCUGGAAGGUCUGAUGUAGGAGCGGUGUCGAUCGUAUUAAGUGGUGGUUAUCCAGAAGACAAAGAUGAUGGUGAAGAAUUCGUUUAUACAGGUUCUGGUGGUCGCGAUCUAAAAACCGGUAACAAACGUACGGCACCACAAACUUCAGAUCAAGAACUUACCAAAUUUAACAUGGCACUUGCUCGAACAUGUAACGCGCCUACUGAUGAAAGAAAAGGCGCAAAGGCUAAAAAUUGGAAAAAAAGCAAACCAAUUCGAGUCUGUCGGUCAGCAGGAUUAAGCAAGCAUAAUCCAAAAUAUGCACCAGAGGAUGGUAUACGUUAUGAUGGUCUAUAUAAAUUGGUUGAAUAUUGGCGAGAAAAAGGAAAGGCAGGCUUUUAUGUAUGGCGGUUUAGGAUGCGUCGUGAUGAUGAAGAACCGGCUCCGUGGACUAAAGAGGGGAAAAAGCGAAUUACCGACUUAGGUUUGAAAAUGUAUCUCCCCGAAGGUUUCGAGUUUAAGAAACGUUCCCGAGACGAUUCAAAGGAUGCUAAAAUCUCUAAAAAUGGAUCGUCUAGUGGUAGCACCUCGUCUAAGAAAAUUAAAAUCGAUCAAAAAUACGAUCCACCUGCCGCAUUAACCAAGCUGAUUAACAACGAUAAAAAGAAUGAUCGCGCAUGGAAGAUUGUUCUUUCAAAGGAAUACAAGACUUUAACUGAAUUCAUUUCAAUUGUCGCUGAUGAAGAAUUCAAAUGUCCCGUUUGUUUAGAACUUGUUCAAGCGCCUAUUACAACCCCUUGUACACAUAACGUGUGUCGCGAUUGCCUUCAACGCGCAUUUAAAGCUGACGGCCAUAAAUGUCCGCAAUGUCGCACUGAAUUCAAUCCAAAUCCGGAUCUUUUUCAAGUUAACGAGAAACUAGUAGCGGUACUACGUGAAAUUAUACCCACUUACUCUUAUUCUGAUCAAAAAAACAAAAAAAUUAAGGCUUAA